AUGUCCUUAAAACGGAAAAGAAUGGCUAAUUGUUCAAUUACUUUGGCUAUUCGCCAAAAAGGAUUGACUUUUGGAUUGCUUUCAUUAAUUUUAAUAUCUCAAUUAUUACAGUCUUUAGUUUGGUAUUUUAUUCCCCUCAAAACAAUUAAAAAUAAUAAAAAGUCUGUCAGUUAUCGACACUCUUCAAUUUUUGAUUUUUUGGUUUUUUCGUGUAGAGAUUUAUUUUUAAUAGAGGCAAUUUUGUGGUCGUUAGUAGCUUUAUUAACUGGAAUUGCUUUAUUUCAACAAUAUGUUUUGACUAGUCCUUGCAAUAAAUGUACUCAAUUAGCCGUCGAAUUCCCCUUUACAACCUUACCUUUAUUUAUUUCACUCUUACAUCCAAUACUUUCAUUAAUCCUUAUUGCUCCAAUUCGUUAUACAGCACAACGUUUCUUUCCAAUUUUUGCAAAAUUGCUUCCAACACAAGAACCGAUAACUCCACCAUUGCCUAGGCCUUUUCCUUCUGUUCGUAUUUUGGUUACUGAACAUUGA